AUGCCUUCUCAAUCUUCCAUUCCACUGUCUCCUGCGUUGAGCCUGGACCAGUGUAACAAGCAGGAACUGACGGGUGUUUCACUAGCCGGAAAGAAUGUAAUAAUCACAGGCGGUGCCUCUGGCGUAGGCGCCUCGCUUGCAGAGACAUAUGCGGAGAAGGGGGCCUACGUCAACAUUGUCGACAUCAACGAAGAGCUCGGCCUGAAGCACGCUGCCUCUCUCCAAGAAAGAGGCUACCACCAGGUCGCCGCCUUCAAGGCCGCCGUCCGCUUCCACCCAGCGCACGUCCUGCACGCCGUCGUCACCUGCGCCGGCCUUCUCGGCUCCCCCUUCAUCACACCCGACGAAGAACCCCUCUCACCGUCCACCGCCCUCGACGCCGCCGCCGACAUCCCGCCUACCCCCGACACCAGCGCCCUCGCCGUCAACGCCCUCGCCCUGCACUACACAGCCAAGCUAGCCCAACUCUACUUCGAGCUGCCGCCCUCCACCGCCGCCGACGGGACGAAUGGCCACACCAACGGCGCCGAAGAAGUCUACCACAAACACCUCACCGUCUUCCUCUCCAUGCUGACCUACGUCGACUUCCCGAACUCGGCCGCCUACACCGCGUCCAAGCACGCCGCGCGCGGCCUUUUCCGCAUCCUGCGCCCGCUUUUCGCGGCGAGGGGCCACCGCGUGAAUGCCGUGGCGCCGUGGUUGACGCGCACACCCAUGACGGACGGGUCGAAAGGCGGGAAGGAGGCGCCGGAUUUGUGCGGACUGUUUCAUGCCGUCGGUUGUCCGGUGGCCGAGGAUACGGGGGUGGUGGUAAGGGCGGUGCGGGUGUUGGAGGAGGGGGGUGUGGUUGGGAGAGUUCUUGGUGCGGGACCGGAUCGGGUUUGGGAUUUGAAGGAUGAUUUCGAGGGGCGCGAUGGGGCCGAGGGGACGGAGUACUUCCACCGGGAGGUGUUGCCGGGGUGGUAUGACUAUGCGGAGAAGAUGCGUCUCUUGAUUGAAGGCGAAGGACCAAAGGCUUGA